AUGGCACAGACUCCAAACCAAGAUCCAUUCGUCCUCACAAGGGUCUCCGUCUCGGACCUGCCAGAGAUGCUCGCUCUACAAUACGACUGCUUUCCACCCUUCAUCCGACAGAUUUUCAUGGGCUGCAACACCGAAGUCGACAUCCCCAAGAUUCAGGAAGUCUACGCCGAGCAGAUCCGAACUGACCCAAACGACAUCUGGCUGAAGGUGGUCGACCGCGAGUCCGCCAAGAUCAUCGCGGCAAGCAAUUGGAAAGUCUACGUCAACGGCAUCACCAAUGGCGGUGUCGGUGACAGGCCGCCACCGUGGCUAGAGCGCGAGCAGUUCGAGCUAUCGGAACGGUACUGCAAAGAGGUUAAGGAGUACAGAGCGAAGGCGUUCUCCGGACCUUUCAUCCACCUCCACAUAUGCUUCACACAUCCUGAAUACCGACGGCGAGGUGCUGGCGGACUGAUGUUGCAGUGGGGCUGCGAUGUCGCAGACAAGCUUGGCCUUCCUGGAUGGAUCGAAGCGUCGAAAGAGGGCAAUUUUCUCUACAAGGCGUUCGGUUUCUACGACUAUGAGACGAUCGAGAGUGACCUGGACGUGACGAACAUGAAGCGAGAUGCGAAGGUGGAACUGGCUGUCGGCGGCAAAUCGAAGUGA